AUGGAUGAAAGAGAGCAGGUGAGACCACUGGCUCCAGCCAAUGAUGAAGAACCAAUCUUAGAGAAAACCACCUUGCAACGAAGGAACCACGUGAUCAAGUGGUGCGGUUACAUGGUUACUGUCGUAAUCCUCCUACUUGUGUUGCUGGUUAUCUUGAUCUUUACGGUCUUUAAGAUUAAAGAACCAGAGAUCAGAAUGAAUAGUGUCAUGGUUGAUCGUAGUUUCAACCUUAUCAAUGGCACCAUCCCUCAACCAGGAACCAACAUGUCGUUGAUAGCCGAUAUAUCAGUUAAGAACCCGAAUUUUGCAUCUUUCAGGUACAAGAACACCACAACGAGUCUAUACUACCACGGGACGGUGGUAGGGGCGGCACGAGGGCCGCCAGGGAGGUCGAAGGCACGACGGACGACGAGGAUGAACAUCACAGUGGACAUCAUGGUUGACAGUAUAUUGGGAAACCCUAACUUAGAGAGUGAUCUAGGAAGAGGAUUAUUGACAAUGAGCAGCUACACAAGAGUCGGUGGCAGGGUCAAAAUCUUGACUUUUAUUAACAAAUAUGUGACAGUGAGGAUGAAUUGCACCAUGAAAGUCAACAUUACUAGUAGAGCAAUUGAAGACCAAAAGUGUACGAGGAAAGUCAAACUCUAG